UCCGUUGAUAUUGCGUCAUGGAUUCCCACUACGGUCGUACACCUUGAUAUCAAUCAAAAAAAGCCCCAAAUAUGGCCACCAAAACUCCCACCCAAUCAGUCCUCAUCACAGGCUGCAGCGCCGGCGGCAUCGGCUCCGAGCUGGCCCUCGAGUUCCAGCGCCGCGGCCUGCGCGUCUUCGCCACCGCCCGCACCCUCUCCAAGAUGGACCACCUCAAAGACCUGCCCAACGUCGCGCUCCUCCGCCUCGACGUCACCGACCAAUCCACCAUCGACGCCGCCGUCGCCGCCGUGCGCGCGACCGGAAACCUCAACCACCUCAUCAACAACUCGGGCGUGCAGCACAUCGCGCCCCUGCUGGAGACGGACCUCGAGACGACGAGGUCCCUCUUUGACGUGAACGUCUUUGGCGUCCUGCGCGUCACCCAGGCCUUUGCGCCGCUGCUCAUCGCCGCCGCCGGCUGCGUCGUCAACGUCUGCUCCAUCCUCGGCCACGUGAACAUGCCGUGGAAGGGCGUCUACGAGGCCAGCAAGGCCGCCGUCGAGAUGCUGAGCGAGACCCUGCGGCUCGAGAUGCGGCCCCUGGGCGUUCGCGUCGUGUCGCUGGUCGUGGGCGCCGUCGACACCAACAUCACGGCCGCCGCGUCCCGCACCGAGCUGCCUGAUGGUUCGCCCUACAAGGUCAAGUCGGUCGAGGAUGCCAUUCGGAAGCUUACCAGCGGCAGGGAUGGCAUCAAGCGGACCCCGGCCGACGAGUUUGCCAAAAAGGUGGUCGACGACAUCCUGGGAGGCGUCUCUGGGCGGAUCUGGAGGGGACAAAUGGCCGGUGUGGCCAACAUUGCUUCAAAGAUGGUGCCCAGUAGCCUAUUGGAUAACCAAUUAGUGGCAAAUGCAGGCAUGGAAGGCCUCGUAAAGAAAUCCUCUUGAUUUCCCGAUCUUGGCCGUCUUGCUCUAGUAGUUGUGGUUAGGCGUGAUAGUCUCGUUCCCUCGAAGCGGACUAUCAGCUGAGGUUUUUGGCUCAACACGUUCUUAGGCAUUCCUUACCCUAUCCAAGUGCUUUUCGAGCUGCGGAAGGCAUCCGCCGUGAAUGCUCGAUUAACUCAACCAACCCGAGACAUACGAGCCAUCUGUGCAGAGCUGAAAGUCUCCGCUGCACAGAAGCUUUCUGACCCGACGCUCGUAAACAAUAAACGGGUCGCCCAUACACCCAUCCCCAACGAGUCGAAGGGAGUCAUGGUUGAAUUGGCGAUUCUACACCCCGAGUUGGGUCCCGAACACGGUCGACUUGAGUGUCUGACAAUAGCCGUACAAACACGAUAUCAUCAGCCGGGCCCGAGAAGUUCGAGCGCCACGGCGAUCCCCCGGGGGCGGAUCAAAGAGGGCAUGUUUGGUGGGGAGGACGCGGGGCGCCCUUGGGCCUUAGUGCCUCCGCAACCUGAUGACCUGGAGGUUUCAGUCUCCGGCGACGAACUGACGGGUCAUUUUUGAGGGAUGAGGACUCCGGAGGUCCAGUUCUGUCCAUACGGACUGGUUCGAGGCAGCCGCAGUUGCGUUUAUGUCGGGGACGAGCAAAAAAAUGUCAAAAAUGACAGUGGGGACUCCACAUUGUGCUGUCGCGUCCUCGAACCAGUCGAUACAGGUGAUGUCUUGCUUUUGCACAAGUCUGCAUGGAUCGUAUCUUGAUGCAUUAGAUCUGGUCCUAGAUGCUACGGCCGUAUUUUUUUUCUUUUUCAAGAUGUGGUGGUCGUUAAUAGACUUUGCAGGUUGACUGAAAAAAUGAUUGAAGGGUGAUGGCGGGGACAUUUCAGGCGAAAAAAAGCACUUAAUGUCUAAUCCCUGCGAUGCGCCUGCUUCCAGGCUCCCGGCGCUAAUUUGUUACCCGACUCAUGGUUAAAAUUCCCUGUCCUUUGGGGCGCUUUCCCCAAUCCCGGUUAUGAACCGCAAGGUAUCCGCUGCUCCA